AUGGCUGAAGACUGCCAGAGAAACUUUCCCUCCAUCUACUAUGAGAAAGUGGGAUUUCGAGGGGUCGAGGAGAAGAGAUCGUUGGAAAUCCUCCUUAAAGAUGACCAACUUGACAUUGAGAAGCUUUGCACGUUCAGUCAGUGGUUUCCCCUUCCAUCAAUGUACCAGGCCCUGGUGUGGAAAGUGCUUUUAGGAAUCCUGCCACCCCACCAUGAAUCUCACAGCCAGGUGAUGGCUUACCGUAGAGAACAGUACAUGGAAGUCCUCCACGCCUUGGAAGUCUUACGCUUUGUCAACGACUCCACCUCACAAGGGGAUGUUUAUCUACGCAUGUAUCAACUGGAUUCGGGAAAGUUGCCUCGGAAUCCAAAUUUUCCUCUGGAGCAGGAAGAUGAAAUAUUUCUUGCUAUCGCUAAAGCCAUGGAAGAGAUUGUGGAAGAUAAUGUUGACUGCUAUUGGCUGAUCAGAUAUUUUGUGAAUCAGUUGAACAGUAAAUUCUGGGACACCUUACCUUACCUGCCAAAGGCUUUUGAACGAUACUUGAAUCUUGAAGAUAGCAGACUCCUGAGUCAUUUGAAAUCAUUUUCUGUGGUCACCAAGCUGCCGUAUGAUCUUUGGUUCCAAAAGUGCUUUGCAAGAUGCUUACCUGAGACCAGUUUACAGAGAAUUUGGGACAAAGUCAUAAGUGGUUCCUGUAAGAUCCUUGUUUUUGUUGCUGUGGAAAUUUUAUUAACCUUUAAAAUAAAGGUAAUGGCAUUGAACAAUGCAGAGAAGAUCACAGAGUUUCUGGAAAAUAUCCCUCAGGACAGUUCUGAUGCGAUCGUGAGCAAAGCCAUCGAUCUGUGGCACAAGCACUGUGGGGCCCCAGUUCAUUCCGCAUGAGGACUCUCUCCAGGCCGUAGGGCAGGCUUCGAUCCCGGAGUCUCUGCGGAAGGCCUUUCUUUUCUACUUCACUGUAUGUGUACUUGUGGAACUGUUCGGAGGCAGUGCUUUUGGUGUGGUGCUGAAAAUGUAAAUAUUAUCAAUAACAAAAGCAUAUUAAAGCCA